CUAACCAUUGCCAUGCAUUUGUUAAAUAAAAACUAGUAGACCAAUAGGUCCUUUUUUUGAAAAGUCCACACCACUCAACCCCUACCCUUUAGUACAUAAUUUUCCUUUCUGCAACCUGACUGAAUCUGAAAAGCUCGGAACUCGGAGGUUCUCCGGCGGCCGCCACUUGCCACUUGGCUGCGCCACCGAGACUUCGCAACCAUGGCCAACAACAGCCACCAAAGAAAAAAGAAGAGAAGCAAAACAAGCAAAAGACACAAGCAGCAAGAACCAGCUGGACCAAGACGUUUCUCUGAGUUUGGGAAGUUUGCCAAUGAUUUGCUUACAAAGGGCUACAUCCAUGAUCAAACCCUGAGUAUCUCCACCCACAGUUGUAAUGGAGUGAUCAUAACUUCAAGGGCUUCUAGACAGGGAAGGCGAUCGACCGCAAACGUUGGAGCACAGUAUAAGUAUAAAAAUGCAGCAGUUGAAGUGAACUUUGAUACAAAAUCAAGUAUUGCGACAACACUCUCCUUUCGGGGAGAGAUUUUGCCAUCCAUGAAUGUCAAUGCUUCGUUGAGAUUACCCGAGUACGGUUCCAGCCAGCUCAACCUCAAAUUCCAGCAAUCCUUAAGAAAUGCUGCUUUAUCCAUCUCUGUUGGCCUAAACCAAUCCCCUGACAUAUUGCUUUCAGCAACUAUUGGCACUUCAAGCAUUGCAUUCGGCAUUGAGUCGAAGUAUAAGACCACUUCUCGUAGUUUCAGUCGGUUGGAUGCAGGCAUUUCCGUCACUAACCCGAGUCGUGACGCUUCAAUCAUACUUGCCGAAAAGGGUGACCUUCUAAGACUAGCAUAUGCGCAUCGUUUCGGCCAGUCAAGGAAGAUUUCCGCCGUUGCGGAGGUCACUAGGAGGUUAUCCAACAACAAGAAUUCCCUUGCUGUCGGAGUGUCGUGCAUUGCGGAUAAACUAACAACAGUGAAAGCAACGCUAAACAACCGGGGAAAGCUUCAAGCUCUCCUUGUUCAUAAAAUCAAACCGAACUCGAGUCUGAAUAUUUCGGCCGAAUUCAAUAUGAAAGUUUUAGACAAGAUCCCCAGAAUAGGAUUGGCUCUUGCCCUCAGGCUGUGACAUAGCUCUAUUAGAGCAUCAAUGAUUCCAUUAUAUAGUUUUUUUUUCUAAUAUAAUCUGUAAGGGUGAGGAAACAAUCGAUUAAACCGAGAUCUGGUACUAAGAAGCAACUAACUAUUGUUUUCGGAGGAUCGGAAAUUUUGGGUUCAAUAUUAUGAUCCUAUCAUAUUAUAAUUUCAUGAAGGUUAAAUUCUAUAAAAAGUCCUUGUACUUUGUGUUUUUGGAGGAUUUAAUACAUCUACUAUAAUUUGAUCA